AUGUACAUACAAUCAAACUUCGUCGCCGCCGCCCGCGCCUGCCUGGCGCUGCUGCUCCUCGCCCUCCCCGACACCGCCUCGGCAACCACCUCCUCCAAGCGCGGCCUCGUCUUCACCCCCAACUCGUCCUGGCCCCAGGACAACUACAUCUGGCCCCGGCCGCCCUCCGACCUGACCUGGUACUACAACUACGGCGCCAGCCCCUCCCCCGUCUACUCCAACUACACCCAGGACCAGUUCGAGUUCGUCCCCAUGCUCUGGGGCGCCCCCUCCGACCUCUCCGACACCACCUUCCUGACCACCGUCAAGAGCCUCAUCAAGACCCGGCCCAUCUCCCACGUCCUGUCCUUCAACGAGCCCGACGGGCCCUCCGCCUGGGGCGGCUCCGACAUCCCGCCCUCCGUCGCCGCCCAGGUAUGGGUCAACAACUUCGUCCCCCUGCAGGACCUCGGCGUCAAGGUCGGCCUGCCCGCCUGCACCGGCGGCUGGGGCGGCGUCCCCUGGCUGACGCAGUUCCUCGGCAACUGCAGCAACCUCAUCAGCAAGGGCAAGCCCGACGCCAAGAACUGCACCUACGACUUUGUGCCCAUCCACUGGUACGGCAACUUUGACGGGCUGGCCAGCCACAUUGGCACCUACGCUGCUGCCUUCCCCAACAAGUCCAUCUGGGUCACCGAGUACAAUUUCGACAACCAGGACCUCGAGGCCACCCAGUCCUUCUACAACAUGUCCUCCCAGUACAUGGACCGCCUCGCCGAGAUCGGCCGCUACUCCCUCUUUGGCGCCUUCCGCUCCUCCGUCUCCAACGUCGGCCCCAACGGCGCCAUGCUCAGCGCCGGCGGCGAGCUGACCGACAUAGGCAGCUGGUACCUCGGCGGCAGCGCCACCGGCGUCGCCCCCACGAGCAAGAAGGGCGCCGCCGCCGGGCCCCCCAGGGCCUGCACGGGCCUCCUCGUGGCCCUCGCCGCAGGCGCCGGUGCCCUAGCCCUCUCCGGCUUCUAG